GUUCAACUUCUUGGUGCGUCCACUGGCACGGUCUUGCUGUUCAAAUUCUCACCACUUGUUGAACACUGUCAAGUCAUUGGCAGCAUCGACUACACCGCCACAUAGUGAUUAACCGACAGGAUGCCACCGUCGGCUACCCGAGAACUGUUCGGCGGAGCAAUUACGACGACUCUACCUACUUCAUUGAUCGACGCAUCCGAUUUGCGACAAGUUCCCGACACGCAAGAAGUUUUUCUGUACCCUGAUGCGGGGAUCAGCAUUAUUGUCGAGGUCCUCCAGUGUGUCGACGCCGAACAGACCGCCGACAUUGUAAAGCUACACUUUGAAUCUUUGGUCCACGAUAACGAUGCUGUCGAGAACAAAAUCAUCGAAGUGUCCCAGCUCUCAGGCGAGAGCAGUGGGAACCGCACUCCUUUGCCCAUCGUCCUGAGCGGAACACAACUCGUUCGUAAAUUCAACCACACCCAUCCUGAUGAACUUCGAAUACUGCUGGCCGUGUACCGUAUCCAAGACAAGAACGUCGAUCUUGUGUUGUCUAUGAACAUCCCGAUGAAGACCUCCGAUGGUGCGACUAUCACGGGAGACCAGUUCGCCGUUGCACAAGAGACAUUUUCUUUGGCUGCGCGAUCAUUGCGGAUCGUGGAUUACGGCUUGUUUGCCUGAAGGACUGGCGGACAUCAUUUGCUGGUGUCGAAGCCAAGCGUUAUAGAUCAAGAGAUUGUAACAGUAUAAAGUAAAUGCUGUGGGAAAGUGCGUACGCUAGAAUUGCAACAGUAAAUGAUCGC